AUGGAUCCAAAAACCACAAAAAUGCCGAAGGUAGCAAAAGUAAAAAAUAAAGCUCCUGCAGAGAUACAGAUCACUGCCGAACAGCUUCUGCGAGAAGCUAAGGAACGUGAUUUAGAAAUAUUACCACCUCCACCUAAACAGAAAAUAUCUGAUCCAGAGGAAUUAAGAGAAUAUCAACAUCGCAAAAGAAAAGCGUUUGAGGAUAACAUCAGAAAGAACAGACUUGUUAUUGGAAAUUGGCUCAAAUAUGCACAAUGGGAGGAGUCACAGAAACAAGUACAAAGAGCUCGGUCUAUCUAUGAGAGGGCACUGGAUGUGGACCACCGAAAUGUUACCCUUUGGUUGAAGUACACUGAAAUGGAAAUGCGAAACAGACAAGUAAACCAUGCUCGUAACUUGUGGGACAGAGCAGUCACGAUACUGCCGAGGGUUUCACAGUUUUGGUAUAAAUAUACCUAUAUGGAAGAAAUGUUAGAAAAUGUUGCUGGAGCAAGACAGGUUUUUGAAAGAUGGAUGGAAUGGCAACCAGAUGAGCAAGCCUGGCAAACUUACAUUAAUUUCGAAUUAAGAUACAAAGAACUGGAUAGGGCCAGACAAAUAUAUGAAAGAUUUGUUAUGGUCCAUCCAGAUGUUAAACAUUGGAUCAAAUAUGCAAAGUUUGAGGAAAACCAUGGUUUCAUAAACAGUGCAAGGAAAAUUUUUGAAAGAGCCGUUGAAUUUUUUGGGGAUGAAGAAUUAGAUGAAAGACUUUUCAUAGCUUUUGCUAAAUUUGAAGAAAAUCAGAAGGAACAUGAUAGGGCAAGGGUAAUUUAUAAAUACGCGUUAGACCACAUUCCUAAAGACAGAAAUAAGGAGUUGUAUAAAGCUUACACAAUACAUGAAAAAAAGUAUGGAGAUAGAUCUGGUAUUGAAGAUGUAAUUGUCAAUAAGAGAAAGUACAUGUAUGAACAGGAAGUUAUUGAAAACCCAACCAAUUAUGAUGCUUGGUUUGAUUACAUUAGGCUUGUGGAAAAUGAUGGCAAUGUUGAUGACAUCAGAGACACUUAUGAAAGAGCCAUAGCUAAUGUACCUCCAUCUAAGGAAAAGCAAUUCUGGCGUAGAUAUAUUUACUUAUGGAUUAAUUACGCCCUUUAUGAGGAACUGGAAGUAGAAGACAUAGAACGCGCGCGACAGGUUUAUAAAACUUGCUUAGAGUUGAUUCCUCACAAAAUAUUUACAUUUUCGAAAAUAUGGCUGAUGUAUGCACAAUUAGAAGUAAGAUGUAAAAAUUUAAAACAGGCAAGAAAAACUCUAGGCAUGGCCCUAGGAAUAUGUCCCAGGGAUAAGUUAUACAGAGGAUAUAUUGACUUGGAAAUACAAUUAAGAGAAUUUGAUAGAUGUAGAAUUUUAUAUCAGAAAUUUCUAGAAUAUGGACCAGAGAAUUGUGUAACUUGGAUAAAAUUUGCAGAACUUGAAACUCUUUUAGGAGAUAUUGAUAGAGCAAGGGCAAUUUAUGAGAUAGCAGUGGGACAGCCUAGAUUAGAUAUGCCUGAGUUAUUAUGGAAGAGCUAUAUAGAUUUUGAAGUUGCACAAAGUGAAACUGACAAAGCCAGGCAGUUGUACGAAAGAUUAUUAGAAAGAACGGUGCAUGUUAAGGUUUGGUUAUCAUACGCAAAAUUCGAGUUAAAUGCAGAAAAUCCCGAUAACAUCAACACAGAAUUAGCGCGCAGAGUAUAUGAACGCGCUAAUGAAAGUCUGAAAAGUGCAGGUGAAAAGGAAUCUAGAGUAUUGCUUUUAGAAGCUUGGAAGGAAUUUGAAACUGAAAUUAAUGACAAAGAAAAACUCGAGAAAGUUCUAACGAAGAUGCCAAGGCGAGUUAAGAAGAGACAGAAAAUUAUUAGUGAAGCUGGCAUUGAAGAGGGAUGGGAAGAAGUAUUUGAUUACAUAUUCCCAGAAGACGAAAUGGUUAGACCGAAUCUUAAAUUACUUGCUGCUGCCAAAAAUUGGCGUAAAAAACAAGUUGUUCCAGAUAAUUCAGAAACAGAAAAUAAUGAUGAGCAAGACAAGAAUACUGAAAACACACAAGAAAAAGAUUCAAGCAAUGAAAGUAGUGUUAACGAAGAAUCAUGA